AUGUGGCUGCUCACUCUACUAUGCAAAUUAUUUCGUAGUGUUAUAUACUUGCUUUUGACAAUGAUACGAGUUGCUGCUCGACCUGCUGCUGCAGCACUUUCAACACACGGUACAGAAUGUACUUCUAUGGAAACACCAGAGGAAAGAACUCGACGAAUCUGGCGUAAUGCCGAUGCCGUCGCCUUUGAUGUCGAUUCCACUGUUUGCCAGGAUGAGGCUAUAGAUGAACUUGCCGAGUACCUCGGUGUAGGCGAAGCUGUUGCCAAUGUCACUAAGCAAGCCAUGAAUGGUAAUGCACGAUUUCGCCAUGCACUUCGAGCCCGUCUGGAAGUGAUGCAUCCAACCUACGAUCAGCUUGAAGCAUAUGCUAAUGAGACUAAACCUAAGCUAACGCCUGGAAUACGACAGCUAGUCAACGCAUUGCACAAACGUGGUACAGAUGUAUAUCUUGUUUCCGGUGGCUUCCGCAGGCUCAUCCGCCCUGUGGCUGACAUUCUAGGUGUCGAUCGGAAGCGGAUCUACGCUAAUGAGAUUUUGUUCGACAAAAAUAGGAAUUAUGCGGGAUUUGAUGAAAACGAGCUGACUAGCGAUUCUGGGAGCAAGGAUGUAGGGAAACCAGCUGUUAUGGGUCUACUCAAGAAACAAGGCUACAAAAAUCUAGUUAUGGUUGGCGAUGGUGCUACUGACUUAGAAGCAUCACCACCGGCUGAUGCUUUCAUCGGGUUUGGUGGAAAUCAGAUCCGAGAAGCGGUUCGCGCACGAGCUGAUUGGUAUGUAACUGAUUUCGAAGUUCUACGCAAGGAACUGGAGAAGAACCAAUAGUUGUUGGCUGUGACUUAUUCCAUUGUAUUGCUUGUAUGUAAUGAUUAUUUUUGAUGCCCAACAAAAUCAUGUUUCCAUUCAACCCGAUUUGAACAAUCUCUAUACAUGCGAUGUGUUCGGGUUCAUUGACCUUGUUGACAAGGUUGUCGAAUGCCUGAGAGCAAGUCAUUUGUUAGGUAGUACUCAAUUUUAUUUCCAUGACACAUUUAGCAGCGUCGUCUGUAAUAAACUGUUUUUCAA